AUGCACGCCGCAGCCGCGGGCACCAAGAGGAAGACCAGGUGCAGAGGAAGACCGAACCCCGACUUUCACACGGAGUGCGACUUCUCGGAGGAGCAGACCGCCGAGUUCAAGGAGGCGUUCCAGCUCUUUGACCGCACCGGGGACGGGAAGAUCCUGUACAGCCAGUGCGGGGACGUGAUGCGGGCGCUGGGCCAGAACCCCACCAACGCCGAGGUCAUGAAGGUGCUGGGCAACCCCAAGAGCGAUGAGAUGAACCUGAAGACGCUGAACUUCGAGCAGUUCCUGCCCAUGAUGCAGACCAUCGCCAAGAACAAGGACCAGGGCUGCUUCGAGGACUACGUCGAGGGGCUGCGGGUCUUUGACAAGGAGGGCAACGGCACCGUCAUGGGCGCCGAGAUCCGCCAUGUCCUUGUCACCCUGGGUGAGAAGAUGACGGAGGAGGAGGUGGAGCAGCUGGUGGCCGGGCACGAGGACAGCAACGGCUGCAUCAACUACGAAGAGCUGGUCCGGAUGGUGCUGAGCGGCUGAAGACCUACGUACCAACCGCCCCCCCCAUCCCCCCCC